AUGGCUAACCUAAUCGUCUUAUUUUCUCUUCAACUCAUCGUACUUCUCUUCAUCGUUGCAUUUCCACUGUCAACAAGUGCAGCAACUUAUAACGUUUUACAUUAUGGUGCAAAACCAAAUGGGAGAACGGAUUCGACAAAACCUUUCCUUCUAGCAUGGUCUAUGGCAUGCAAAUCUAAGAAACCAGCAACAAUGUGGAUACCUCGAGGUACUUACUUGGUAAAAACAAUAGUUUUUGGCGGUCCAUGCAAAAGUAAAAGAGUCACAGUCCAAAUUGAUGGAAAAAUUCAAGCACCUCCCAGCAAGAAUUUUCGGAUUAUUGGGAACUACCGCAAUUGGAUUUUGUUCCAUGGUAUCUAUGGUUUGACUAUCAAUGGUGGUAUUUUGGAUGGGCGUGGAUCUAACUUCUGGGAUUGUAGGCGGGCCGGUGCAAAUUGCCCAGACGGUGCAGUUUCGCUAACAUUACAAAACGUGAGAAAUGGUAUAAUCAGUGGAUUAAAAUCAAUCGACAGCCAGUAUUCUCAUAUGGCUAUCAACGGCUGCAACAAUAUAAUGGUUCGAAGGGUGACGCUUAUUGCACCCGAUCAAAGCCCCAACACUGACGGAAUAGAUAUACAAUCGUCAACUGGAGUUACAAUAAUUGAUUCGAGCAUCAGAACAGGCGAUGAUUGUAUUGCAAUUGGUCCUGGAACAAAAAAGGUAUUGGUUCAACGUGUAGGAUGUGGACCUGGACAUGGCAUUAGCAUUGGAAGUUUGGCAAGAAGUCGGAAUGAAGAUGGGGUCGAAGGAAUCAUAGUGAAGGAUGUAACAUUCACUGGAUCAGACAAUGGUUUAAGGAUUAAAACAUGGCCGAAACCAAGCAAUGGUUUUGUGAAAAAUGUUCUUUAUCAAAAUAUCGUAAUGAAUAAUGUUCGAAAUCCUAUUAUUAUUGAUCAGAUAUAUUGUCCUGGUGGUAAUUCACAGUGUACUAAGCAGCACUCUGGAAUCAAGAUCAGUGGCGUGACGUACUUAAAUGUCCGUGGAACAUCGGCAACUCCAGUUGCCAUUAAACUCCACUGCAGUGCAAUUAACCCAUGCAACGGAAUCGAAUUAUACCAUGUUAAGCUCACUUACUCGAAGAAACCUGCUACGUCAUUUUGCUCCAGCGCUACUGGAAUAUCUAAAGGACAAGUCCUACACGAAAGUUGCUUCUAG